UUUUACAUAGAACGCACCUGCAUAGCAACCGGAAUAAACUUAUUUUUUGGUCAAAUUAAUUUUCAGAGGAGGAAAACAAAAUGGAUCAAACAAAGAGACCAUUAUUAAUUCCACCAGAGUUUGCAACAUAUGCGGAACAGCAUGGAAUAUUUGAUUUAUAUAAAAGGUUACUGGAGCAGGUUAUUAUCAACAAGCCAGCAAAUCCAAUAGCAUUCAUGAUUGAGAUGCUGAAACGUGACAACAAUGAUGUUCCACAGAUUGUGAUUCUUGGACCACCAGCAUCUGGUAAAAGGACAAUAUCAAAGAUGGUGUCUAACAAAUUGCGUACAGCCCACCUUACACCAGACAACCUGGUGUCUGAGGCUGAGACAGACUUGAAAACAGAAGCUCAAGUGUUCAUCAAGAAAAACCAGACUUUGCCUACAGAUCUGUGGGUGAAGAUUCUUGAAGAGCGUAUGAAGCUGUUUGAUUGUGUGAAGAAAGGUUGGGUUAUGGAAGGAUUUCCACAGACACGGGAACAGGCUCAGGCUUUACAGGCAAUCGGCAUCUUUCCUAAACAUUGUGUAAUAUUAGAUUCUCCAGACACUGUACUGAUUGAGAGAGCUCAAGGGAAAAGGGUUGAUCCUACAAAUGGAGACAUAUACCACACCACAUUUGACUGGCCUAGUAAUCAAGAUGUUCAGAAUCGUCUGAAGGAAGUAGAAGGUUAUACAGAAGAAGAUAUGAUCAACAAAUUAAUUGUGUAUCAUCGGCAUUUUGAGGGCAUUUUUGACUGCUACCAGAAAUGCUCCAAAACUGUGAAUGCUGAUCAACCUAAAGCAGAUGUGUUUUCUCAAGUGUAUACAUUCUUGAGUGGCCAGACUCGUUCCAAUGCUCCACACACACCAAGGAUUGUGCUGCUAGGACCCACUGGAUCAGGGAAAGGAGUUCAAGCUUCACUUCUUGCAAAUAAAUAUAACAUUGUUAAUGUAUCCUGUGGCAACUUAAUGAAACAAGCAAUAGCUGAUGAGACCAAACAAGGCUUGGCUGCUCAGGCUUACAUUGACAAAGGCAUGAUGGCACCAGAUAACAUAGUGAUGACUAUACUGUCUGCCCGUCUGGCACAGUUAGACUGUGUGAGUAGAGGAUGGGUACUACAUGGAUUUCCUCGCACACGCGAACAGGCAGAAACCCUGACUAAAGAUGGAUUUGUACCUAACAGAGUUUUCUUCCUUGAUGUACCAAAUGAUUCUGUGAUGGAACGUUUGACUUUACGAGAGACAGAUCCUAUCACAGGGGAACGUUACCACAUGCUUUAUAACCCACCGCAAUCACAGGAUGUGAAAGAGAGGCUGUGCAAGCAUCCGUCUGAUACGGAUGAGAAAGUACGGAAGAGACUUGCUGAGUACCACACAUAUGUUGAAGAGAUUGCUGACUAUUACACAGAUGCUCAGCAUGUUAACGCAGAUCAAGAUCCACAUACAGUGUUUGAGUGCAUAGAAAGUAUGGUGGUCAAUCCAUUACCAAAGCAUUUCCCAUGAGACAUGAUGUUACCAUAGAAACAAUUUGUAAGACUGGAGGCAUUUCUAUUUCCUUUAUUAUGUGACAUAAUACUUGACAUAAUAGUUUGGCACUGUUAAACCAAGUGACUAAAUAUAGAAGUUGUGAAAUAUUGACAUUGAUUUCUUUUUUGUUUUAGCAGAAAUUCAAAAAUUGAGCUUGAACUUGAGGUCAUUGAUGAAGCAAACUUAUACUGGUAGAAUUUACACUGCAUACUUGUAUCAUUUUGGUAGAAAAACAAAAUACAGGCAUUUUUUUAACAAAGUGCAAAGGUAUUAUAUAUUCUUUGUCAUUAGAUUAACUUAAAAGGAAACCUUUAUGUUGAGUUUGUCUGGAAUAAAGUUUCAUACAAUGUAUAUUUAUUGUAUAUUUAUUUAUUAUUGACAGUGUCGUUACUUUUGACCAAUGUUUUAACAAUGAUUUAUCAAAGGUAGCCUUUUCAAAGUUUAAAAUAAUAAGAAGCAAUGUUAAAAGAAUGUCUUUACUUUUUUGCAUUUCUCAUAAGUGUGUUAGAUAUUAAGAGACACAUUCCUUAACUGCCAUUCAUAGGUUAUUUGUUCUGCGCUAAUAUUUCAACAUUUUCCAGUUUCUUCUUCAAAGUCUGUAAAAAUCAUUGUAGAGGAACCAUAUUUAACUCGAGUAAAUCACACAAGCUGACUUUUUUUACCAUAACUUAGAAAUGGAAUUGCUAUAAAAUUUUUACAUUUGAAGAAUUGAAAAUAUAAGUCUGGAGGAGUUCUGAUAAAUAAUAAAAUGCUACCAACAGAGAAAACGGACUUAUGACAUAGUGUUAUCCGUAUUUUGAUUAUUUCAUGAAUUCUGUUAAUGUGAUAUUUGUUGUUAAUGUUUAUAUUUGAUGUUGCAGGUUUAUAUUUACAAAAACAAGAAGCAUAUACGUACAUGCAUGUGAUAUUUUUCAAAUAAAGUUAAACAUAAUAAAUUAUAUAAAGAAAUAUUUA